GCAAGGUAGCUCCAUCUGCACCUCCCGUCCGAGGCGCAAACAAUCUCGAAUCUCGGACCUCAAACAACCUCCUUAUACCGACAUCGCGCCUUCUUCUACCCCAGGCCCGGAUCCAACAAUACGAGAGCGCGUCAUAUCCUUUAUCGUCGCAUUUUACUCUGCCUGGAUCUGCAGACGCGCCCGAAACUUCUCCUGUCCUCGACAUCCGCGCGUGCAUUGCGACAUCGCCGUACCACACCUCCAUCGAGCUCUGUUCGACGUCGGCCAUGUCUUCACCUUCCGCGGCAACGACUCCGAUCAAGCGGAGUUCGUCUAGCGAAGACGAGAACCCAAGCAUUAAACGGCAAAAGACGAACAACGACGCGCCUAACAGCCCUCCUACCGCCGACGAUGAAGAGCCAAACCUGCCAGGCGCGACCAAAGUCACCAUUCCUUCUCUGGAUUACCAAGCAAAAAGUGGUCUCGAAAGGAGUAUAGGACUGGCACUGCAGCAAGUUGGCUUUGACUCCGCUACCCCGGAAGCGAUGCAGGGCUUCUUGGGGGCCGUAGAGACCUACAUGGCCUCUAUGAUCGCUGAUUCCAAACGUCUCGCCCUUGCUGCCCGACGGGAGCAGCCGACCCCGGCCGACUUCGAGUCUACAAUGCGACGCUACACUCUGAAGACGAAGGCGAUGCGGCCCCACGUUCGUCAUCCCGUACCAAAGGCGAAGCUAGACGUAGAAUACUUCAAUCCGUUGGUCGAUGAUCCAGAUGCGUACACAACCUUACCUCUCCUUGGCGAAGAGCUGAGCGGCAAGGCCGAGAAGGAAGCCAAGCCGUACAUACCAAAGUCCUUCCCCGACUUUCCCAGCAAACAUACCUACAAAUACACACCCAAGGAAGAUGACAACGGUCGAGACCCCCAGAAGACGAGGGAAGAGGCGGCCAAGGCUUCGAAGCAAGGCGAGGAGGCCCUACGAGGCCUGGUGAGGGCAGCAAAGGUCCGAAAGCAGAAGGAAAUCAGAUCUCUGUCGGAGCGCGAUCCCAUGACCAAGGAGCGCUAUUCGCUAUGGGCAGCCGCUAUGGAAGGUUUCGUCAAAAAGGAAGGCGGCGCAACCGGCCAACAACUCGAAAUUGCCGAUCAUAGCAUGAUUGUCAACUCGGACGCCCGGCAUUCGCGUAGGGAAGUACAGCGACAGAGCAAACGAGCCGCCGGGCAAAGCUAGUCAUCCUCUCUCGGUAGAGGCCGAAAGCGCGAGUCCGGUGCUUCAGAGGACGGGCCCGUAUUCAAAAAGGAUGGGCAAUGAUCAGAACUGAUGGGGUUGGGUUGCAGAGGCGAGUGUGUCGGGUGCCAGUCAAGGCAGACACAGAAAUUGAUCGUUUUGGGAAAGGGGCAUGCAUUCAGCAAGGCGUUUGGGUACUUUAUCGUAUGGACGGGUUACAACAAACUACCUCACUUCCAGGUUGAGAAUGAGGCCACUGAGGCAGGAGGACCACACGACCACCGGGUUUGAACACUUUUUAAAGCGACCGCAAGGACAGAGGCAAAGGCGUGAGAGACUCUGCAUAGGCCGCAAGCGAUUCCUCAAGAUUACUCUUAGCUUUUUCGACAAUACCAGAGCGUUCAACAGU